UGCAGUAUCCGCUGCUGCUGCUGCUCCCAGUCCUGCCCCUGCUGCUACCUAGUCCUGCCUCACUACAUCCUAGAAGAGCCACGUCGGCCUUCCUUUGCCUAGUGGAUUUUCAAAAGCAGCUCUUCAGUUUUUGGUGCUGUAGGAGACCAUGCUUUUCAGUCAUACAGCAGAAAACAGAAGCUCGUAAGAAGAAUCUGGCAGCUGGACACAGGCUUGGACUGCAUUGUCUGGCUUCAUGACCCCUGCUGUGUAGCCGGCUCAUCUCUUCACUCUCUCACACACACUCUCCUCUCUUUUUCUUCCUUCCUUUCUUUUUUUCUUUUCUUUCUUAUUUUUUUAAAGCAGCCUCUGGAGCCAGCCAUGUUUGGCACUGAAUCUUCAUUGAGCAUGUUUUUGAACACAUUAACACCGAAGUUCUACGUGGCCCUGACAGGCACUUCCUCAUUAAUAUCAGGGCUUAUUUUGAUAUUUGAAUGGUGGUAUUUUCGCAAGUAUGGAACAUCAUUCAUUGAACAAGUCUCAGUAAGCCACUUGCGCCCCCUUCUGGGAGGGGUUGACAACAACUCCUCCAACAAUUCUAACUCCAGUAAUGGGGACUCUGAUUCCAACAGACAAAGUGUCUCAGAAUGCAAAGUAUGGCGAAAUCCACUGAAUUUAUUUAGGGGUGCUGAAUAUAAUAGGUAUACUUGGGUGACUGGACGAGAACCUCUGACUUACUAUGACAUGAAUCUGUCUGCUCAGGACCACCAGACAUUCUUUACUUGUGACUCGGACCAUCUGCGUCCCGCAGAUGCAAUAAUGCAGAAAGCCUGGAGAGAAAGAAACCCCCAAGCUAGGAUUUCAGCAGCUCAUGAAGCCUUGGAGAUAAAUGAAAUUAGGUCCAGAGUUGAAGUUCCCCUAAUUGCUUCCUCUACCAUCUGGGAGAUAAAAUUGUUACCAAAGUGUGCAACUGCUUAUAUUCUCUUGGCUGAAGAGGAAGCAACAACCAUUGCUGAAGCAGAAAAACUGUUUAAGCAGGCCUUGAAGGCUGGAGAUGGCUGUUAUCGGCGUUCUCAGCAGCUGCAGCAUCAUGGAUCCCAGUAUGAAGCCCAGCAUAGACGAGACACCAAUGUCUUGGUCUACAUCAAAAGAAGGCUAGCAAUGUGUGCCAGAAGACUCGGGAGGACCAGGGAAGCAGUGAAAAUGAUGAGAGAUUUAAUGAAGGAGUUCCCCCUUCUGAGCAUGUUCAACAUCCAUGAAAACCUUUUAGAAGCCCUUCUGGAACUUCAAGCAUAUGCUGAUGUUCAGGCAGUCUUAGCAAAGUAUGAUGAUAUAAGCUUACCAAAGUCGGCAACAAUAUGCUACACAGCUGCCUUGCUCAAAGCAAGAGCUGUCUCUGACAAAUUCUCUCCCGAGGCUGCAUCUCGGCGGGGGCUGAGUACAGCAGAGAUGAAUGCGGUAGAGGCCAUUCAUAGAGCUGUGGAAUUCAAUCCUCACGUGCCAAAAUACCUACUAGAAAUGAAAAGCCUAAUCCUACCCCCAGAACAUAUCCUGAAGAGAGGAGACAGUGAAGCAAUAGCAUAUGCAUUCUUUCAUCUUGCGCACUGGAAGAGGGUAGAAGGGGCUUUGAAUCUUUUGCAUUGUACGUGGGAAGGCACUUUUCGGAUGAUCCCUUAUCCCUUGGAAAAGGGGCACUUGUUUUAUCCUUAUCCAAUCUGUACAGAAACAGCAGACCGAGAGCUGCUUCCAUCUUUUCAUGAAGUCUCAGUUUACCCAAAGAAGGAGCUUCCCUUCUUUAUUCUCUUCACUGCUGGAUUGUGCUCCUUCACAGCCAUGCUGGCCCUCCUGACACAUCAGUUCCCAGAACUUAUGGGGGUCUUCGCAAAAGCGAUGAUUGACAUUUUCUGCUCGGCAGAGUUCAGGGACUGGAAUUGCAAGAGUAUUUUCAUGCGUGUUGAAGAUGAACUGGAAAUCCCACCGGCAUCUCAAUCUCAACAUUUCCAAAACUGAACUCAUCACCCUUCUUCCUCCACCACCAAAAACUGCUCUUCUUCCUGUAUUCCUGGCCUCUGCCAGUGGCCCUGCCGUCCACCCAGUUACCCAUGCUAGAAAUCCAGCAGCCCUCCCGAACUGCCCUCUCACUGCCUGCAGCCCACCUGUCCUGGCCUUCACACUCCUCCUUCUAACCUCCUAAGCAACCUGGCAUUUGGUCAGUGUGAUUCACCUCUUCUCCCCUCCCUCUCUCCCCACAGCAUCUCUCUCAGUCUAGGUUCUUGUUAUUUCUUGCCUGAACUACUGCCAUAGCCUUAACUGGUCUCCUUGCUUCCAGUCUUAUCCUCUGCCAGUCUUUCUCUUAUACUGACAAAAGAAUGAUCUUUCUAAAUUGCCAAUCUGAGCAUGUCACUUCCCAGCUGGAAUUUCUCCAGAGGUUUCCCACCCACUUCAGAUCAAGGCCCUUUAUGCCUCUUGCUUGCCUCUUCGGCCUCAUCUUCCCAACUCCUGCACAGACACUGCUCUUUGGCCAUAGUGAAUUGCUCACCGUUCCCAGGCUCUUGCAUACCUCAGUGCCUUUGCACGUGCUGUUUGUUCCAUGUGAAAUGCCUUUCACCAUCACCACCCCCACCCAUCCACUCUACAAUGCCUCUUCAUUCUUUUAUACUCAGCUUUCUUUAAAUUUCUCCUAAGCUGAGUUAGGUGUCUCCUCUAUGAGCCCACAAUAUCCCAUGAAUACCUAAUUGUACAGUAUUAUAAUUGUUGAAAACAUAUAUGUCCCCCUUUAGAAUGUGAGCUCCUUGAGAGCAGGACUGUGUCUUCCUCAUCUCUGUAUCCCCAAAGCUUUGCACAGUGUCUUGCACAUAGUAGGUUUUCAAUAAAUGAUUAUUAAAUAAAUAAAUGGUAGUGGUCUCUGCAGAAAGAAUCAGUGUAAAAAUCAGAUACAGCUUAGCAUUUCUUCUUACUUACAAUCAUAGGCUCUUCGAGUUGAAAGGGACCUUGAACAA